GCGCCAUGUUCAUUGUUCCGUAGCAUUUUAGCCAGAGAGCGUUGCGGGAAAAGCAGCGACAGUGGGGGGUGUUCAUUCACGGGCUUCUCGAAAUUUCAUCUCCCCGUCCCUUUUCUGCAGAGCUUAUUCCUCGAUAGUGUAUUAUUGGUUGUGUUAUAGUCGUCUAAAAGCGCAGCAAAAGUGACCCGAGACGGGGUUUCCUUUGCGGUUUUAUUGGCGGUCUUAUCUGUGAGCGGCAGGCACCCGGACGCACGCUGAUGGCGGUCACUAUCGAGGAUCUCUACCGUAACUACGGGAUCCUUGCAGACGCUAAGGACAACCUCAGCCAGCACAAAGAUGCCUACCAGGUAAUCCUGGAUGGUGUCAAAGGUGGCCCCAAGGAGAAGCGCCUGGCAGCACAGUUUAUUCCCAAGUUCUUCAGCAGCUUUCCUGAACUGGCCGAUGCAGCCAUUAAUGCUCAGCUUGAUCUUUGUGAAGAUGAAGAUGUGUCGAUUCGGCGGCAGGCCAUCAAGGAGCUCCCACGGUUUGCAACUGGAGAGAACAUCCUCAGAGUUGCAGAUAUUCUCACCCAGCUCCUCCAGACAGAUGAUACAGCAGAAUUCAACCAAGUGAAUGCAGCGCUUAUUUCUAUCUUCAAGAUAGAUGCGAAGGGUACUCUCGGAGGCCUCUUCUCUCAGAUCCUGCAGGGAGAGGACAUAGUGCGGGAAAGGGCUAUCAAGUUUCUUUCAGCCAAACUGAAGACGCUGCCGGAGGAUGUCAUGACAAAGGAGGUGGAGGAGUACGUCUUUGCAGAGACAAAGAAGGUUCUGGAGGAUGUGACAGGAGAGGAGUUUGUGCUUUUGAUGCGCAUGGUGUCGGGCCUGCGGGUGCUGCAGACGGUACACGGCCGGCAGCAGCUGGUGGAGCUGGUGGUGGAGCAGGCUUUCCUGGAGCAGGCUCUAAACCCAGCGGACCCCGACACUGUGGACCGCUUGCUGCAGUGCACACGUCAGGCCCUACCCCUGUUCUCUAAAAAUGUCCAUUCCACACGUUUUGUAACCUACUUCUGUGACCACGUGCUGCCCAACCUCAGCACCCUGACAAGUCCUGUGGCUGAGCUGGACAUUCAGCUUGAGGUGCUGAAGCUGCUGGCUGAGAUGAGUCCGUUCUGUGGAGACAUGGAGAAGCUGGAGGCCAACCUCAACAUGCUGUUUACCAAGCUGCUGGAGUUUAUGCCUCUGCCACCAGAGGAGGUGGAGAAUGGCGAGAACUCAGCGAGCGAGGAGCCCAAACUACAGUUCAGCUACGUAGAGUGCCUCCUCUACGGCUUCCACCAGCUCGGCAAGAAGCUGCCGGACUUCCUCCUCGACAAAGUGGAUGCUGAGCGCCUCAAAGACUUCAAGAUCAGGUUACAGUAUUUCGCCAGAGGCCUGCAGGUUUACAUCAGACAGCUGCGAGUUGCACUGCAAGGCAAGACAGGAGAUGCUCUGAAGACAGAGGAGAACAAGAUCAAAGUGGUGGCCCUGAAGAUCACAAACAACAUUAAUGUCCUCAUCAAGGAUCUCUUCCACAACCCUCCAUCAUACAAGAGCACAGUCACUCUGUCCUGGAAACCUGUCCAGAAGACCGAGGCAGUAGCGCCGAAGCGCCCAUCAGGUGAGGAGAUGGGGUCUGGUGGGAGCACAAAAAAACAGAUCUCCCCUCUGCCCCGGAGGGACGCACGGCAGAUCUACAAUCCCCCCAGCGGCAAGUACAGCGCCUCCAUUGGCAAUUUUAACUAUGAACGCGGCGGCUUCAGGGGCGGCCGGGGACGAGGCUUCGGAGCCAGAGGCAACAGGAGCCGAGGCCGAAUCUACUGAGACACACACACACACACACACACAUACAUACAUACAUAUUGCUCAUUGAACUGCAUCACAUCAGGAUCUUUUCCGCACCAAGAUGGACUAUUUGCCACCUCUUCUGUUUUUUAACUGGUCUCCACGUCUUUUUCACUUUCAAACUCGCACAUGCAGAUUUUUUGUUUUUGUUAUUUUCAGAGGGGUGGGGGGUCAGGAAGGGGGGGGUGGGUGGUUUCCUGUCUUCAGAAUAUCAGACAACGGGCUCAGACUUUUCUACCUGCCAUUUCAACACUUACUCCCUGUAUUCGUCUUGGCCAAGGCUACCAUUCAAGUAAAACUAAAUGGUUUUUUUCCCUUCAUUUUUUAAAAUAUUAUUCUGUGUAUUUUUGUGGAACAAAAGACUGCCAAGUUGUAACUGAUUGAUAAAUAUUUUUGUCAGAUUGUUGUAGGAAAAGAUAAAGAUCCUCUUGUUUUGCAACAUGUUGAUGAAUGCAUUUCUUUCUACCUUUUUAUUUAAUCUUGUUUUCAUUUUUUUUAUUAGAGCUUGAGUUGAAUUGGCUGAUUGUGCUACUUUGUAUGAAUCAAUGAUGUUGUUUCAUUGGAUUUUUAUCAUAAACUUGUAUGGAACUAUGA